GAGUCCUUUAUGUUACCCUGAUCUGACUGUCCGAAAGGCCGCAACUAAUCCGUUUACCUCGUUUUAUUUGGGAGAUUUAACCCUUUAUUUGGGAAAAAUGCUGGGCACCGUUAGUAAACAGCUGAGAAGCCACCCUGCUCUGAUUCCCCUGUUUGUGUUUAUCGGAGGUGGAUGUACAAUGUCCCUUACCUACCUGGCUAGACUGGCCCUCCGUAACCCCGAUGUCUGCUGGGAUAAAACAAACAACCCAGAGCCCUGGAACAAACUGGGGCCCAAUGGCCAGUACAAGUUCUACUCUGUAAACUUGGACUAUGCUAAACUGAAGAAGGAAGGUCCCGACUUCUAAAGCAAAAGAUCUGGUGAAGCCUCCUGCGCAUGGUUGGACCAAAGGCUUGAGAUUAAACCAAAAGACUUGGUCUGCACAAUCACCCCAGUGUCCUUUAUCCAAACUUUUAAAAGAGGCUUCUUGGCACAGUUUUGUCUUUACUUGAUUACUGUGUCCCGUUUUCAUUUACUUGGGAUGCUUGGUAAUUUCUCUACAGCAGCACAAUAAAGGAGGCUUAUCUCCCUUGUACAGAGAACAUUA